CAGAGCUGCGGCAGGACACUCCUCCACUCUGCAUCACAAAUGAAACAUUAAACUGCUGCAGAGCUGCUCCUCCACCUUCUGAAGGUUUGUACUGAGUCGUGAUUCACAUUUGGUUUAGAUCUGAUUCGGUGUCAGGAUUUAAGCCUGUUUCUCCCUCUGAGAGAAGAUGAGCAUCAGCCUGCAGCUUCCUGUGGACUAGGAGCAGAGCGAGCCGUCACGUUUCUUCAACACGCAGCUUCAUCACAUGGCCACUAGUCCCAGCAGCAUGGAGGAGACACAGCAGCCAAUCAGCACGCAGCCAGAGGGCGGCCAGGCAGACCACGCCCCCGUGACCUCUCAACCAGCUGAGCAGAGAGCCGCCUCCUCAGCGGCAGAGGAGAUGAGAGAGGAGGGCGGAGCCAUGGAGCACCUGACUGUGAUCAGCGACCACAUGGACACCAGUAACGGAGUCGCUCCGGCGCUGGUCGACUCCUCCCCCACAGUGUCCUCUGUGUCGCCCAUGCUGCACGCCAAGCCGGGCGGCCACGCCAACGGGCGCUCGGGCUUGGGCAGCCGGUCCGGCUCGUUAGUGGCGGGCUCGCCCCGGCCCUCGCUCACCCGCCGGCCCAGCGGCUUCGUAGAGGGCCCGGUGGACGGGUCCAAGCCGAGGGACUACCUGAUCCUCGCCAUCCUGUCCUGCUUCUGCCCCCUGUGGCCAAUCAACAUCGUAGCACUCACCUUCUCUGUGAUGUCCAGGAACAGUCUCCAGCAGGGGAACCUGGACGGGGCUCGUCGUCUGGGCCGGAACGCCAUGAUCCUGUCGGUGGUUUCCAUCGUGGGAGGAAUCGCCAUCAUUGCUGCAGCCAUCGCCCUCAACUGGGGCUUGAUAUUAAAGUCCUAAUGAGACGAGCGUCAGCAGUCAGACGGAUUUCUCGACUUCUCGACUUCUGGACUUCUCGUUUCCUCUCGUUCCUGAAGCCCCGCCCCUUUUUCACGCUCCAGCACCGGAUGAAAAACGAGUUAUAAAAAUCUGUUCCGUUCUUUGCUGUUGUUUCUCGCUGCACGAUGAGCAUGCUCCACCUGACGCUCUACCCACGACACCUCCAACGAACCAGCCCGACCCCGGCGCCCCCUGCUGGACGCCUCAUCAAACCUCCUCUCGCUUCACUCUGUCCCAUCUGUUGUCAUGGCAUGGACUGGGUCCGUGUCCACUGAUGUGUUAAUGAAUCUCGUGCCACAGUUCGGACAUCGUGUGAACUGACGGACGUGUUUUACACUUUUUGAAGCCAAACGAAUCCGAACCUGAAGCGAUGAACUGUUUGUCUCUUCAACCUGAACGAAGGACAGAAAAAGACAAACGCACUGACACGUCGUCUGUACCGCACAACCACCGAGGCAGACCAGUGCUGCCCCCUGGUGGUCGAUCACACAGACUCAUGUCCUGACGUCAGCUGCUCUGAAAAAAGGAUGUUUACUUUCAUACAUCAACACAAAAUGCUUCCACUACAUGUACGACUGGAAACUCGUUCAAAAGCUAACGUGAGGAUCCAUCUCUGAAACGCUUUGAGAAUAUUUCACUUCCUUUAUUCACAUUAGCUGUGCUAGCACCAGCGGUACACUCACAUAAGCUGUGUUUAACGUGUGUGUCACUAACACACGUGUUGUGAACAUAUAAAUUAGGGCUUCACCUCCUCCGCCCUGUGCAUGUUUACAGUAUUUAUUAAAACAAGCUUUUACAUCCAACGUAGCCUCAUUUAGCACGAGCGCUAACUGAGUAGCACUCUGUAAAUAAACAGUGUUCAUUGUUGUGAACAGUAACUGACCCACAAUCCACUCACACACAAACUGUGGGUUUAAGAAAAUGUCGCUGCUGCUGAGUGACUCAACGUUUGAACUUUGCACCAAUCAGACGGAGUCACUGAGGUCAGGUGGGGCCGGGUGGGGCUGGGUGAGUUGAGCUGAGGUCAGGUGGGGCCGGGUAGGGUUGGGUGGAGUCGGAUGAGGUCGGGUGGAGUUUAGUGGAGUCUGGUGGGGUUGGUUGAGGUCACUCUGCGUUCACGUCACAUGACAUGGAAACGGCCGCUAGGCGUUGACCUCAUCGAAGUCGCUUGAGGAUUAAACACGAUAUAAAAUCACAUCCAUUCAAUUUGUGUAGAAUGAUGAUGUCGAUGUUUGUUUCAGAAUGAAUCAGCUUUUCAGAUGAAUGUGGGCGUGGUCAUGGCGGUGCUGUUUACGCCUGCAGCUGACCUCCUCAUGUAUGUAGCAUGUUUACUAAUCACAAUUAUGCAACGAAGCUCCGCUCCGUGUCGGGGAAGCUUCUCUGAGUUCUGCUCGGACUCGUUUUGCUUGCGCUGCCUCUCAGAGUCGCCUCACGUGUCUGAUGAUUUGAACUGACUGUUACAACUAUUGUUUGGAUCUGUUGUGUUACUGUUGGACCUCAAACAUCGUUAUCAUGUUAUAAUGAACAGGGUUUUAUCAUUUAUACAGACGUCUGCCUUCAACUCUUCUGCACAAUUUCUGUACAUGGAAAAACUGCUGUAGUGUAUAUGUAUAUAUGUGUGUAUACAUGUAUAUUAUAUAAAACUUCCAUUGUGUUACAUGAAGAAAUUAAAAGUUCUGAGGAAGAUUGAUCAGGUAAAUUUAAAUCAUCAGUCAUUUGAAUGAUAUUGAGAUAAAACUAAAACAAUUUCAAUCAGUAACAAAUCAAGCUUUUGGAAUUCUCUCCCUCUCGGUGAAGUCGGCGUCUGAUUCGAUCUCAAAGCAGCUGAGAAAUAAUUAUGAACACAUAUUAUACAUUUUCUCUCUGCUGAACUUUAUUGAACUUCUUCCUUCAGUCUGUUCUGAAUAUUCCAUCGAGUUAUUGAUUCAACCGUAAGAGAGAAUCUGAAACAUGAUGAGGUGAAGAGCUGUCGGGGAAAUAUUCAACUGACACUGUAA